AUGAAUUCUCGCCAAAUGCUGGUGGUUGGGCUGAUCGUGCUGCUGGCCGUAGCCAGCAUUUGCGAUGCACGGCGUCGUUUUCCACACCGGCGAAGGGGACCUUCACGGAAAACGCUCAAACAGCUGUACUACGAGUCCCGGGAGACGAACACACCCAAUUUUGUCCGGUUGGUGCUGAUGCGGUUGAUCUACGGCAUCGCAACGCAGAUGGGCGUCGAGGAGCGGCUGGACAACGUGUUCGGAGGUGCCUUCGUACCGCCAAACGCCGUCGACGAUAGUUCCGACUUUUUCGACGUGCUCAGUGACGAGAGUGGCGAGGAUUUUAGCUUCGGUCUGUGA